AUUUAUUCUGUUGAGUACCAGCGUUAGUAGUACUACUUAUACUCUUUAGUCUCUCCUAACGAAUAUACCGAGCCAUCGACAUCACUAAUAUUGUUCACGGAGGAUUCUCUGCACAAAUAAUCAUGAAGCUAUACAUUAUUAUAACUACUCUAUCAUUUCUAUGCAUUGAAUCAGGAAUACAAUUUGCUGUUGGCUCACCCUUGUCUGAAAAUUAUAUGAAUGGAUUAAAUCAAUUUUGUGGCCAAGCAUUAGCCAACGAACUAGCCAUAUUAUGCAAGGGUAGAUAUAAUGAUCCCAAAGGUAAAAAAGGCAGAAGAGGUAUUGUCGAUGAAUGCUGUUCCCAACCGUGUACAAGAAGCUAUAUGAAAAUAAAUUAUUGUCAACCUGAAACCGAAGCACCGAUAUGGGAUUCGCCGAUGUUGGGCCCACAGAAAAAAGUGGAUUAUUUGGGAUACUAUUUUCAACUUAUUGGGCAAGUAUUAGGACUAACCGAAUUUGAGUGACGUGAGAAAUGAAUACAUCAACAAAUAAUAAUUAAUUAAUUUAACUUUUAUGUACUAACAUUAUGAAUUAACCGUAUUAAAAUUGUCAUAUACCAAUACAUUUUUGAAUAACAAUAGAAUUAUUUAA